GUUCACUUUAAGACUGUAAUGUAAAGACUAGACUAGAAAAUGAACAAAAAACUUAAUCACCCCACAGAGAAAACAUGGGAUGAUGACUAUGUGAAUACACAGAACUGGCAUCCAUUCCACCAAACCUACCCAGAAAUGUCUGACAGAACUGAGGUCCUGAACAACAAGAAAACAGGAAAAAUCUUCAUAUCUGCUCUUAUUAUCCUCCUAAUGCUUGGCGCUUUAUCAACAGUUUGUGUUGUGGGGAUCUUGUAUUACAAUAAAGUGGUCUCAUAUGAGUUACUAAGUGAGCAGUAUGCUAAUGUUACAGCAACACUGAUGAUGGACGAAAACAAAGCCACUAAGACACAAAGACUGUAUGAAGAGCUAAUAGGGAUUUGUCAGCAAGUUCGGGAAGAUCUCUCUGCAUGUAAUGCACAACAAAACAGGCAACAACAUGAGGGAGAAUGGAAGACUCUUGAUUUAAAGAGUUAUUUCUUCUCUGCUUUUAAACGGAACUGGACACAGAGUAGAGAUUACUGUGUAGAGAAAGGAGGACGCCUAGUGAUUAUAACCAGCCAAGCUGAACAAGAUUUAGUUUCUUCACAAAUUGGAGAGACACACUGGAUUGGCUUAAAUGACUUGGAGACUGAGGGAGUGUGGAUGUGGGUGAACAACCAGCCCUUAAAGAAAACGGGUGUAAUGUUCUGGUAUGAUGCUCCAAAAGGACCACAUGAGCCUGAUAACUGGAAAGUUCAGGACCCUUCUGGAGAGAACUGUGUUGCUCUGGGUGAUGGUAAUGGUAACACACACAAGUGGUUUGAUGCUUCUUGUCGUAAAUUUAAAAAGUUCAUCUGUGAAAAGUAAUAGACUCU